AUGGUGCAGCUUAAGGAUCGGAAGUACGUGGACACUUCUAUCAGCCUGAGCAUUCCAGGAUCAAUCCGGUAUGAUGCUGCACUAUCCACCUCGUGCAGCGAUGGGUUACAGUUCGACGUGACUGGGCAAUUGGGUGUGGACUUCACUAUCACGAAUGGUUUACCCGGGUGGACAAGUAAGUCAUAUGAUUGGAAAACCACAUCCCCAGCGACACUGUUUUCAGGUUGCGUGCCAUUCAGUGUUAUGGUCAAACGCGAGCUUGAAGGAGACACAGUUGCAACACAACUGCUAUCGCGGUCGACACCCGGUGCAUCAAUAGAUAUUCCACAGGACUCGAGUCAUACGUACGCAUUCGCAGCUGAAGGAAUAUACUGUGCCGACCCAGAUGAAAGUGGCCAAAUAGGCGACUGCGGCUGGAACAGUCUUGACCUGGAUGAUGAGACAUCAGAUACGGAUGAUGAGGGCACUCUUACGCGUCGGAGACAUCAUGAGAAGCGGUCCAACACAAAGAAACUCGAUUACUGUAAUCCGUUAGGAGGAAAGGGAUUCGCAGGAUUUACAUCCGGAAACAAUGGUACAAUCGAUUUUGGCAAGUAUCCUUCGGGUUCGGAACUUGUUGAGAAGUAUUACCCUGACGCGGCCACAUAUGAUGCCGAAGAUGCGAAAGACUGCAAUAACUUGAACCUAGUCAAACUCCAACACACGCCUCAGAAACCAACAGACAUCAGUGCAAACGGUGGUCGUGUGUAUGAUAGUGAGCAUAUACUUGAAGCUCAGACUGUCCAACGAUUCUUUAACCUUAUGGGGCAACGAUGGUCUCAGGAAAAUAACAAAGCUCCGAAUCCAAACGUCCGAGAAUAUCCCGACCCCGUGGAGGGUUCUAAUAAGAUUUUGCCGUGGUGUGGCUAUAUGCUAAAGUGGUGGCAACCUAAAAGGGUUUGGAGCUCCAACCUUUACCUUGGAAGUGCGUUUCCCGGUGAAAAGUGGCAUUUCACGGAGGAAUUUGUCCUCUACGAACGUGUGUUGAACACUAAGAUCAAAAAUAGCGUGAGUAAAUACUAG